AUGAGCAAAAAGAAACAAAGAAAGGCUAAUAAAAUUCCAUUAGCUGAACUAAAAGCUGCAUCAAAAUAUCCUGAACUAGUUCAAUGGUAUGAUGUCGAUGCUGCUGAUCCUGUAUUGGUUGUUGAAAUCAAGUCAAAGAAAAACUAUGUACCAGUACCGGCUCAUUGGCAAUUUAAAAGAGAAUAUUUAUCAGGAAGAAGAUCAAUAGAGAAGAAACCAUUCACAUUACCCAAGUUUAUCAGCGAAACAGGUAUAACUGACAUGAGAGAUACUACAAAAGAGGAUGAAUCAAAUAUGAAGCAAAGAAUGAGAGAAAAAGUUCAACCAAAGAUGAAUAGAUUGGAUCUUGAUUAUCAAAAGCUUCAUGAUGCAUUUUUCAAAUUUCAAACAAAACCAAGAUUAUUUGGCUUUGGUGACGUUUAUUUCGAAGGUAGAGAGAAUGAAGAAUUAGAUAUCUCAAAAUACAAACCUGGUGUUGUUUCAGAUGAACUAAGAAAUGCAUUGGGAAUACCCAGAGGUGUCACUUUACCAUGGGUGCAAAAGAUGCAACAUUUUGGCCCACCACCAAGUUAUCCAGAUUUGAAAAUUCCUGGAUAUAAUGUUGACUUA